AUGAAAUUAAUUGGAGAAAAAAAGAACUUUUCUAUGGGAAAAUUUUUUAAAAGAUCUUCUUCGAAGAUUCAUUCAGAAGAUCCUCAAGCUCAGCAACCAGUAUCAGCGGGAGCGGCGUCUAACUCAUCGCCUAAAAACUUUUUACGUCAUUUAAAUCUGAAAAAAUUCAAAAUUAACAGAAACAUUAAUUUAUCAUCAAAUGCUAAUGAUACGGAAGGGAAAAGUAAUAUAAAUCUUAAUAAUUUUUCACAAGAAACAACCAUUGAACCCGCAUUGAUUAUUGACCAAACAUUAAUUAAUGGUACGACACUCGAAUUUUUAUUAUCAAGUUUUGGUGAUUCAGAAGUUAAUAUUAAUUUAUUUUCAAAUGUCAAUAAUACAGAAGAGAAAAGUGAAGUGAAUUCAAACACUUUAACACAAGAAGCAACAUCUGUCAAAACAACAUCAAUUACUGAAGGGAAAAGUGUUAUUAAUGAUAUUAAUUUGGAACGAAAAGAAUCACUGAUCAAACCAUCAUCAAUUAUUGAUGCUAAAUUCGUAUUAUCGAUCUUUGGUGAUCCAGAAGUUAACAGAAAAACUAAUAUAUUAUCAAAUAUCAAUUAUUCCGAAGUGAAAAAACUUUUAACACAAGAUGAACGAUAUUGCGAACUAAAGCCGAAAAUUGAGAAGUCAUCAGUAUUGAAAUUGGCAAGAUCUGAUUAUACAGAAGAAGAAAAGCUAAAUG